CCACGGUCCCGUCACCAUCCUCCAUUUCCUCUCCCCGCUGCUGCACCAAUUUGCGCAAUUGGGGUUAUUUUUGGGGCGUGUCUUCCCACCCUCUUCGAUUGGACUUACAUAUCAACCCUGCAACAACACAAUCACAAUGACUCCUCCACCUGCCAAACGCCAGAAGCGCGAUGAGUAUCGCAAGCAGGCAGCCGCUACGAACCCCGACGGCAGCAGCACCACCACCAACGAGACCAGCCUCCCCGCGCGGGUCAAGCUGCCCAAGAAGAAGUUCUACCGUCAACGGGCGCAUGCGAAUCCGUUCUCGGAUCAUCAGUUGCAAUAUCCCCUCAGCCCGGCGCAUAUGGACUGGGCCUCGCACUUUCCUGCCUAUGUGAACCCGGACCCAUUGCAGACGAACCUCAUCGGCACCCGCAAGCUGCUGAAGGAUGUGGAGAUCGUGGAUAUCGGGUGUGGAUUCGGUGGGUUGCUCGUCGGUCUUGCGCCGUUGCUGCCGGAGACGUUGAUGGUUGGAAUGGAAAUCCGCGUCUCCGUCCUUGACUACCUGUCCACCCGGAUCCAAGCCCUCCGCGCCCAGCAGCAGCAACUUCAAUCGACCCAAGGCACCUCCACCUCUGCCUCCACCACUCAAGCCACUACAGACACCACCACAGCGCUCACCACCGAACCCACCGCCAUGGAAACCGAACCUUCCACCGAAACCCAAACCCCUACCACCACCGAACCCACCACCACCACCGACGAACCCACCGAACCCACCGAACCCACCACCCUCGUCCCCGGUGGCUACCAGAACAUCACAGCGAUCCGCAGCAACACGAUGAAGUUCUUCCCCAACUUCUUCGCCAAGCACCAGCUGUCCAAGAUCUUCAUCUGCUUCCCGGACCCGCACUUCAAGGCCCGCAAGCACAAGGCCCGCAUCGUCUCGGAGACGCUGAACGCCGAGUACGCCUACGCCCUGCGGCCCGGCGGCCUGCUCUACACCAUUACGGAUGUGGAGGAGUACCACCACUGGGUGCUGCGGCACUUCCGCGAGGGCGAGGACGCCGCGGCCCUGUUCGAGCGCCUGACCGACGAGGAGCUGGCGCGGGACCCCUGCGUGCGCGUCAUGAGCGAGGAGACCGAGGAGUCCAAGAAGGUCACGCGCAACAAGGGGAAUAAGUACGUCGCCGUGUUCCGGCGGAAGGAGGAUCCCGCUUGG